AUGAUUGACCCGCGGGAGGCCAAUGAGGCGGAGUAUUUGACAGAGGAUUCUGACGAUGCUCUUGCUGAUUUGGAAAAGGAGUUUGCUGCUAAAAAACAGCGACUUCUAGAGGAGCGUGCACGGAAGAAGCAGAAACAGCAUCACGUCGAUGUAGAGAGAUCACCAUCGCCAGAAAGAAAACCCCAAACGGAGUAUUUUCAAAAACAGAAGGAUUCAAAACGUCUUGAGAAACAGCCAGAGUAUUCAAAACCCCAACCUCAGACACUUUUCACCACUCAACCCAAGUCAUCGUUUGCGUCGCGUCUUGGCCAAGAACCCAAAAAAACCUCCAUAGACCUCAGUGAAAGAAUCUUUGAAUUCGAAGACGUGCCCGAAUAUGCCACAACUCAGACACAGCCAGGCGACAAAGACACCAACACUGGACUCGAGCUUCUGGCAAGACGGCUCGAGAAGACACAGCUCGAGCAGCUACUACGAGGAAUCAAGAUCCUCAGCAUUCGAAAGCUUUUGGCCAAAUUUAUCGUUAUCAUGUCAUUUGUGAACGAAGCCGUAGAGGCGGUUAAACCUCACAUUGCCAAAUGGUACACCAUCGUCUUUGCAACCAUUCUUUUGUAUGUUGUGCACCGUCAGGUCAGAAUCUACCGCAUUUCCAAGAAGUUUGGAUGUAAAGAUACUGAGCCUAUUCCAGCACCAUUCUUUGGUGUCCCACUCUUGGUGGAUGCCCUUAAAGCCAUCAACAACGGUACAAUCUUGGAAUUGAUUGGUGAACGUUUCAACAACGCUCAAAACGAUACCUGCCAUCUUAUGUUGGGUGGUAUUCGUGUGCUUUUUACUUUCUCGCCAGAGAACUACAAGGCUAUUUUGGCCAACCAGUUUAACGACUUUGCCUUGGGCAAGAGACACUCCCACUUUUUGCCAUUGUUGGGUGAUGGUAUCUUUACCUUGGACUCUCACGGAUGGAAGAACUCCAGAGCCAUGUUGCGUCCUCAGUUCUCUAGAGAGCAGAUUGCCCACGUCAGAACCUUGGAGCCUCACGUCAUGACCCUCGCCUCCCACAUCAAGAAGGCCAACGGUGAGGCCUUUGACAUCCAGGACUUGUUCUUUAAGUUCACUGUUGACACUGCUACUGAGAUUUUGUUUGGUGAAUCUGUUUACUGUUUGAGAGACGGCACUAUCCCAGAGAAGCCUCCUCAUGACUUGUUCCCAGGCAGAGAGGAAUUCGGUGACGCUUUCAACCUUACACAGAGAGUUCUUGCCAUGAGAUCCUACUCUCAAGUGUUCUACCGUGUCAUUGAUGGCUUCAAGUUCCGUAGCGCUUGCGCCAAGGUUCACAAGUUCGCUCAGUUCUACGUCAACAAGGCUCUCGAGGCUCCUCAGGAGGAGAUCGAGGCCAAGUCCGAGAAGGGUUACACUUUCUUGUACGAGUUGGUGAAGCAGACCAGAGACCCUAAGGUGUUGCAGGACCAGUUGUUGAACAUCAUGGUCGCUGGUAGAGAUACCACUGCUGGUUUGUUGUCCUUCACUCUCUUUGAAUUGUCCAGACACCCUGAGGUCUACAACAGAUUGAAGGAGGAGGUCUUGGUCCAGUUCGGUGAGGGCACUCCAGAGGACAUUUCCAACAUUUCCUUCGAGUCUCUUAAGAAGUGUGAGUACUUGAAGUGGGUUCUCAACGAAGUGUUGAGAAUGUACCCAUCUGUGCCAAUGAACUUCAGAGAGGCCACCAAGGACACUGUUCUUCCUACUGGUGGUGGUCCAGACGGCACUGCCCCAGUCUUUGUUGCCAAGGGCACCACUGUUGCAUACUCUGUUUACAAUACCCAGAGAGACCCCAAAUACUACGGUAAGGACUCCAACGAGUUCAAGCCAGAGAGAUGGGCUGAGAACCAGAAGCUUGGCUGGGCUUACUUGCCAUUCAACGGUGGACCAAGAAUCUGUUUGGGCCAGCAAUUUGCUCUUACGGAAGCUUCCUACGUUGUUGUGAGAUUGAUCCAAAUGUUCCCUAACUUGGUUUCUGCUUACGAGGGUUCUUACCCACCAAAGAAGAUGUUGCAUCUCACGUUGUCUAUGUUUGACGGUGUUCCAGUUAAGAUGACUUAA